AGAGUAACUUUAUUCCCUCUCGCUCCUUCCCUCACUGGAAGCGCUUGGGCCGAGUGGGGCGCUGAAGAGCCACCGCCAAGAGCAAGGCGCCCUCCGCUAACGAGUGAGAAGGAAGUAGCCGGGUCGCCUACCGCUGGUCUGUCAUGGCGUCGUCCCGGCUGCCUCCGACCACGCUGACUCUGAAGCAGUUCUUAAGAAGGCAGCAAGUUCUUCAGUUAUACAGAAAAAUUCUUCAGGCUAUUCAUCAGGUACCCCAUGUAGCUGAUCGUCAUUACUUGAGAGACUGGGCAAGGGCAGAAUUCAAAAGGAAUAAAGAUGCUACAGAAGAGGAUGCAAUCAGGAUGAUGAUCACUCAGGGAAACAUACAGCUUCAAGAACUUAAAAGAACUCUAAAACUGGCAAAAUCCUAGCCUUAAUUGUGGCGUAUAAUAUUUUUUCAAUGUAGCUUCCUUAGAAGACAUCAGAUUUGGAGGGACCUCUCUAAGAAUCAAAAAGUUAUGCUUAUACAGACUGUCGUAGGGAAAGCUGAGUUUGAUAAAAUUAAACUGCAAUGGGCAGAAAUCUGUAAAGAAAGACUGGCAAGGGGGGAUAAUGUUUAAACCUGACAGACACAGCAAAAUGCAAAAAUGGACUGCUACCCCAAAAAUACAGAUUAUGCCUAUGAAAAGCAUUGCUUAGAAUGUGAUCAAGCAGAGGGUUAACUAAGGUCUACUUAAGACUUUGUAAAACCUUUCUCUGUCAGAUUGAAGACGUUACUCUGUCAUUGAGUGUAUUUGUCAUGCAAACUGAUAUCAAGCAAAUGAUGGGAUGAAUUUUUUCCCCUUCAUGUACUGGUUAUGUAUGAAGGAAGCCUUGACUAUAUACCAUUGACAAGAUGCAGAUUUGCAGUGCUUUAGGGGAACAGACUUUCUUACUGUUGAUGUUUUCCAGCUUUAGAAGAACAUCUGCAAAGUUUAUUGAGCCAACAGGAGUAAAAUGCUGAACAGUUUAUGCAAA